GUCGCUCGUCUGCAUUGUCUUGGUCCUGUCUUUCAUCUCGCGGUGUCGCCGAGCAAGGUCGUCGAGUCGCAUCUACCACAGCGCAUAAAGUCUGCUUGCAGCUCAAGGCCGCUCAGCUACUUCGUCCAUCGCGCUUUGGGUUUCAUUCGUGAUGCAGACGCGAUUCAUGGCCGACCGGCGACCCAGUGGCGUCUCACCGCGAUCAGCGAGGCCGCUACGCUCGCUUCCAAUGACAAAGAGUGAUGCCCGCUCGCGCUCCUCGCGAAAGUCUGGUCCAGCCCAAGAACAAGAAGACCAUGCCGUCACGGAGUCAGAGGCUGAGGAUCCAAACCCUCGUGCUACUAAGCGGCGGAAGAUCGAGACCCCCCGCAAGCCCCGGCGUGUAGUCGCUACGCAGGAAACCGCCGUGGCUGACACGUCCGUAACACGUUCCCGCAGAGCGCCACGACAGUCUGACGCUGUUGAAGUCGCCGACGAUGGCCAUGACUCCCCCGUCCCAGAGCCUACCAGUAAGCCAGAAAAGCGUUCCGCGCGCCGCAACUCCACCGCUCCUCACGAUCCGGGUAAUGGCGCGGUAAAGGAACUGCAGAAAUCCCUACUGCAGAAGGAAAUGAGCUUGAAGCGCGACCGGCAAACGUUAGAAGGAGAGACCAAACAGCUCGAUAAGCGCGAGAAGGCUUUACAGAAGAAGGAGCUGGCGUUCGAACGUUCGGUUUUGCAGCUCGAGGAGAAGACGACGGCUGUCAAAGACAGGGAACAGGCUGCCCGGAAACGCGAACUGGGCUUGAAGACUCAGGAGACCGAGAUUGAGAAACGGACAUCGGAGCUACGAAAGAGGGAGCAGGAGGUUUCUGACAGAGCUGUCGUCGCCAAGAUGAUUCGAACCGAAGAAUUCUUGGCCGAGCUUGAAGCUAAAUGGCAAUGCGCGCUAUGUUGCGAUGUCAUGGCUCACCCAUACAGCUUGAGCCCGGCGGGCUGUGGACAUAUUUACUGCUCACUCUGUAUCCUCAAGUGGUUCUUCACAAACCUCUGUGAUGGCUGCGGAGGCUGGUGCAAGAUCUUGGAGUGCCCUUUGUGUCGAACUGCCUUGGUCAAAAUCCCGGGCGCGAUUCCACGUCCCAUGUACAGCCUACCUUUCACACCGGCUCGCGCUGCGGACGAGAGGAUCACUGAAAUGAUCGAUAUUCUGCGCGGACCCGUGCCCGCAGGCCCUUCCAAGCCCAGCGGCAUCAAAGGCGGGAAAGGUAAGGGCAAGAAGAAGCAAACUACUUCGGCAGCGGGACCAUCAACCGGCUGGGAACACGGUGGUACACUUCUGCUCGAGUGGCAAGGCCGCGAUAGUCGAGGACGAACGGAGAUGCGUAGUCUGGUGGCCCGUUGGCCGCAACUGACGGCGACUAGUCUCAGAGCUUUGAAGACUCGUCUUUGCGUGCCUCCCUGAUCUCGCUACCGUCCCCCGGCCCGAAGCUGGUCCCUAUACCUCUCGCAUAAUCUUCGUCGUCACGGCAUUCAUUCAUAUAUGUAUGUCUUCUAUGGCUUCUCACUUCUGUCUUCGCGGAUUCUCGGAAGGUUGGACCACACAUUUUAGCUCAGCAAAUGGAUGUAUACCACAGAAUUAGAUC